AUCUAUGGUCUGGUGCCCAGCUUCUAUUGUAAACAAAUAGAAGUCUGGCAUGAGCGGAAUAAUGGCCGACGCGAUGAUAAUAAUGGAUCAUACUUAUAUAAAAGGGGAGAGAGUGUCUGGGUUUCAAGUGAUCGGGAGUAGGUCUGGCCCAGAUCACAUAUACAGUUCCUGUGCCCCCAAAGACUCAAGUACCCCUCCGAAACGAGGAAGCAAGAGGGCAGUGUCAACUCCCACAGGACAAACACCUACACAUGAACAUAAAAGGAUUGAACUGGAUGAAAAAACCAGACACAACAAAUGGUCCCUUGAUGAGACAUCCUUUCUGAGAGAAUACAGUCAGACAUUACGAAAAGAUGGCGAGUCAGAAAACAGUUUCUGGAACAACUGCGCAAUUGCAAUGAACAACAUGUUUGGUGGAAAAAACAGAACAGGGAAGUCCUGCAAGAUGGCAGCCUGGCGGUUAAAUCUUUCUGGUACAUGUAACAGCACCAUGUGUACUUCUGUUAAUGAAGACUUUGUGGAUUUUACGCCGCUGUCAGAGACAAAAGGAAACAAUGUGGGAACCCAGACUGAUUUGUCUUUUAAUAAUAAGCAAAGGUCUAACAAACAAGACUGGUUUUUUUUUGAACCACGGAAAAAUCUGCAGGGGACAACGAAUGUGUGUGCUGAAACAGUAAAUACGGCCGCACUAAGACGUUUAAGGACCUACUCUGAGCUAAAAGAGUCUGAGAUACAGGAGAUCAUACAAAAAAUAAGUUCCAGCUCUCCAAGAGAAGUAGCAGGGCAUAUAUUGUCUUCUCCAUUGAGAGGAAGUAUCAUUGUUGAACUUUUAAAUGAAAUUGAAUAUGCAGCAAAAGAAUGCUGCAACAAGGACAGUGUUUUGGCCCAAAAGGAUUUCUGUGACCUGGCUGAAUUUAAAUGGCAUGAACUCAUUGAUGAAUUAUUAGAGCAACAGCCAUUGCUAGCUGAUGUUCUCUUGGCUGUGUCUCUACCAACUUCUAAGAUAGGGAAUACAAAAUCUGUUCAGAGCCUUAUACCGGUCAUAUCUACUGUGUUUGGAAUGUUGAUGAAAACACGAUACCAGGAGUUGUCGUUAGUUCAAAAGAUGAUCGCAAUGACUUUAGCUAAUGAACAAACAAGCCAAAAAGUGUAUGACAGACUUCAACCUUUGGGUGUCACUCUGAGCCAUUCAGGCAUGUUGUAUACCAUGGAUCAGAUAUCGGGACACUUUAAUAAUGAACUAAUUGAUGCCAUUGCCAGUGGAAAGAAAUUCAGAAUUGUUGGGGACAACAUUAACUUUCAUGUAGGUUUAACCCAUGAACGUAAAUCAAGAGGAAAUGCAGCUCAUAUGGAGCAUUGGUUUGGGUCAAUGGCUAUAAUACAAAACCUAAGUUUUAGUCACCUUUCCCACCAUACACCAAGAUGUGACCUGCGAGCACUGCCUGUGUCAGUAUUCUUGUUAGAAGAAAAGGAUAUUCAAAUACUGAAGAAGAAUAUCUCCCAGCUGAUUUCCCGAGUCAUGACAGAGUUCUUCCCCUGGAUGAAGUUCGCAAAAGAAACGGCAAACAAACCAAUUCUAGGCGAGUUUGCUGAAUUUCCAGAGUUUAGAAGAAAAAAUCAAGUCAUUCCUCUCCCAGUGAUGUCGAAAAAUGAACAGAAAUAUUCAGAUGUGGUAGAAAUACUAGACUCCUAUGAAAAUCUUGUAAUAUCUGUUUGCAACCAGGCAAAUGUUGAAGCAAUGGAGGUGCACAUUGGUGGAGACCAACUCACUCGAGAAAGAUUUUCAGGAGCUAAGCGCUUAAGAGCAGCAGCACUUACUGAAAUGGAGAGAUUUCACCAUUUGACACCAAUUACAUUUGAGCUUUUCCAUUUACAGAUGUCUGUUCUCACUUUGUUUUAUCAACAACUGUAUAAUACAACAAACACAGAGCCCUUCACACUCCAUGCACAAAAGAUUCGUCUGCUUCGAACAGAUGCUGAUGGUAAUGACGUCAAAAACCAUUAUAAUCAUUGCAAAGAGCUGGCAGUAUCUUUUAUCAAAUCGUACAUAAUUGAGGCAGCAUGUGAGCAAUUUGGCAUUAAUGACUACAAUACUGUUCCUGAUAUUCAUCUGCCGAAUGAUGAUGACUCAGUCUCCUCUUGGCUAUUGGAAGUAGUUCAACCAGUUACAGAAAAAAUUCUCGAUGCUUGUAAACUUGAUAGUGACUUGGACCAUGGAUACUGUGACAAAGCAUCUGACUAUGCGAACCUUGUUCUACAACUAGGUGUUCUGUUCAUGGAAUUGAAUGAUGUGGUAAAAUACCCAGACAGAGAUAGAUUACUGGCAGUCCUGAAAAUACUUAUGGUCAUCUUAAAAGGACAUAACACCAGAUCGAAGUAUGCUCUUGAAAUUCUUCGUUUAUUGUGUCAGCAAUUUGCUUUGUUAAGUGAGAGUCAGGCAUAUUCUAGUAUGUAUGGAAUGUUUGUUAAUACUGGGGGGAAACUUGAUACAAACAGUCCAGCUGAUUUAGAAAUGGAACACCUGGUUAGAUUGACAAAAGGUCAUCUGAAAGCAAUGUGUUCUAACAAGUCCGAGUCUUCAGUGCGGAAACGAAGUUGUGCAUUUUAUGGUAUGAAGAAAAUCUGUGAUAACUUUGAUGAACAAACAAAAGUUGUUCAUCGUGCUCAAAAGCACAAAGUGUUGUCAUCUGUUGAAGAUGAAAAGGCAAUUAUUAAAGACCUGAGAAAAGUGAGGCCAUUUCAGCAUAUGUGUGGAAGACAAAUUGCUUCAAUGAAGCACUGUCCCAAAAAUCCGGUAAAGAAGAUUAACACGGAAGAACUGCACAAAUGGAUUUCUCAGAACCAAAUUAAGUUUUAUUAUGAAAUUGGACGUUAAGCAAUAUGGUAACAUUGUUAUGCUUAAUAGUUCUGAACUCUUCAUUCAAAUUACAUAGAAUGUUUAAAUUUUACAAACAUUUUUAUAGACAAGGAAUUUUUAUU